AUGUGGCGGCUGGGCGCGGCCUGGGCGCGGCCCGCGGCGCUGCGCGGGGCCCGGCGCGGGCUCAGGAGCGGCGCGGCGGCGGGGAGCUGCUCAGCGGGCGGCCUGGCACUGCGGAGCCGGCCUGGGCCGGGCGGGAACGGUGGCUAUAAGCGUCUGAUAAAAGAAGAUGAUAAAAAGACGGUUAUAUGCAUCGAGGGGAAUAUUGCAAGUGGAAAGACAACGUGCCUGGAUUAUUUUGCACAGACUACCAGCAUCGAGGUCUUGACAGAACCAGUGAGUAAAUGGAGGAAUGUUCGAGGUCAUAAUAUCCUGGGUUUAAUGUACCAGGAUGCUUCGAGAUGGGGGAUAACCUUACAAACUUACAUACAGCUUACAAUGUUGGAGCAGCAUACCAAACCAAUGAUUUCCCCAGUAAGAAUGAUGGAGAGAUCAAUUCACAGUGCAAAAUACAUUUUUGUAGAGAAUUUGUAUAGGAGGCUUUUUCCCAGAGAGAGAAAUAGAAUAAGAUUUACGAUGGUGAUGGAAGGCUUAAAUUGUGAGCAAUUGCUGAGAGCUUCUCUGGCAUGCACAGACACACGAGUGUCCAAGUUCUUUGGGAAGAUGCCAGAGGUGGAUUAUGUUGUGCUGUCUGAAUGGUUUGACUGGAUCCAGAACAACACCGAUGUUUCAGUUGAUUUGAUAGUUUACCUGCAGACAUCUCCUGAAGUUUGUUAUGAGAGAUUAAAGAGAAGAUGCAGAGAAGAAGAGAAAAUCAUUCCUCUGGAAUAUUUAGAAGCUAUUCAUCAGCUCUACGAAGAGUGGCUCAUUAAACAUACGUUAUUUAAAGUUUCCUGCCCAGUGCUUGUCAUUGGAGCUGACCACGACAUGCAGAAAAUGAUAGAAAAGUAUGAAGAGAAUCGGGACCAAAUACUAAACCCAUGUAAUAUGCAACAGCAUUUGUAGAAGUCUGUUAGGUUGUACUUUUUUUUUAAUAAUUCAUGAAGUCUGAUACAGAGACAAUUCUGAAUAUUUGUAAUACUUCUGAAUUUAGUGGUUUCUGCUUUAGAACUACGCCUUGUAGGAUGUUGUGAAUUUCUUACUACAAAAUGUUCAGGAACAAGUCAUAAACAGAAUAUGACCCAAUUCCAUUCCAA